UCUGCUCCGCCGUUCAAUCGUGGCUGAUUUUUUUUUCCCUCUCAACCCCAUUCUCCAGCCUUCUCCCCGUAACCUUCGAUGCCCUUACUAAUCAACCUCCUCUUUAAAUAUACUCAGUGGCUUGGCCUCCACAGCCGUCUGUGGCAACGAAUUCCAGACUCACCACCCUCUGGCUAAAGAAAUACCUCUUCGUCUCUGUUCUAAAGGGACGACCCUCUGUGCCCUUUGGUCCGAGACUCUCGCACUACUGGAAACAUCCUCUCCACGUCCACUCUAUCCAGACCUUUCAAUCAUCUCACUGCCCUUCACAGGAGUGAUGCAGUAAGCAAGGGACCUUGGUUAUUCAGUCUUUGAGUCAAAUGCUCGGUGCAAAGUGUAGAUUUUAAGGAGGUUAUUAAGGGAACGGGGGGAAAGGUUCACGUAGGGAAUCCCUUAGGUCUCAUUAAAUAAAAACCACAGAUGAUCAUGAUGCCAAGGUGGAAAGCAUGCAAAGUCCUGGGUGGUUGUCGAGAGGGAGGGGUAAAAUCGUGGAGACUCUUGCUUUAAGCUCCCCUCAGAACCAGAGGUUGCCUUUCAAGUACAAGCAAUAACCGCUCCCUCAGAAGUGUGACGGACUGUAUUCCUACAGUAACAGGGUGAUUACGGUUUCCACAUUCUGAAAAAAUUGGGUUGUAUUAUCUAUAAACAGAGUGAUAGUCAGUGCUACUCAUGAAUGAGGCAUAUGCUUGACCUCAUCACCCUGAGCUCUGAUUGGCUGGGCCGUGAUUUAUUACCUGAAGUUGGUUAGUUGAUUCAUCCCGUGUGUGACUCACCAGAAGCCACCCAGUGCAGGGGUUGCUUGGAGGCAGAAUUGAGUGCGAUCUCUUGUGUUUAUCAGCCUGUGCGGCAAGGGAAUGUGGUGAACGUUUGGGCCCGGAUAACGGAUCCUAAUGAGUGUGAACGCCCAGACAUCACUGACCUCUCACCAUGCCCGGCUGAAGAGAUUAGACUUCGAUGACACAGAUGACCCCGACCUUCCCAAGUGCAAGCGGGCGCGCUUGAGUCAGCUCUCCAUCCCAGCCUUAUCGCCAUGUCUUGGAUCGCCUUCCCCCACGCCGUCCUCCUCCUCCACCGAUGACAACAGCGUGUCACGCAUUGGACCCUAUCUCCUGCUCAAUCCCACAGAGGCUAAUAACUGCUACCGAGCCAUCCACACCGACACAGAAGAGGGAUAUAUCUGCAAGGUGUACGCCAUGAAGCACUACAACGAGGUGAUCGCGCCGUACGCCCGCCUCCCGCCCCACCCCCACGUGGGGCAGAUGGCCGAAGUGAUCGCGGGCGACCGCAAGGCCUAUGUGCUGUUCCCACGGGGCCACGGCGACAUGCACUCGUACGUGCGGACCUGCAAGAGGAUCCAGGAGGAGGAGGCGGCUGCGCUCUUCCAGCAGAUGGUCCGCGCAGUGGCGCACUGCCAUCGCCAUGGAGUGGUCCUCAGGGACCUCAAGCUGCGGAAGUUCGUCUUCACUGACAGGCGGAGGAACAAGUUGAGGCUGGAAAACCUGGAGGACUCCUGUCUCCUCAAGGGAGAGGAUGACUCCUUGAUGGACAAACAUGGCUGCCCCGCCUACGUUGGGCCGGAGAUCCUCAACGGCAAGCAGUCGUACUCAGGGAAGGCAGCUGAUAUCUGGAGCCUGGGCGUGGUCCUGUACACCAUGUUGGUGGGCCGUUACCCGUUCCAGGACACCGAGCCAGCGGCCCUGUUCAGCAAGAUCCGCCGCGGACUCUUCACCAUUCCGGAGAGCCUCUCCCCCAAAGCCAAGUGCCUUAUCCGGUGUCUCCUCCGGCGGGAUCCGGCUGAUAGACUGACAGCCAGCGAGAUCUUGGAUCAUCCCUGGUUCAACUCCAACUUCAACGUAACCUGUAACCCCAGCUUGGCCCCAUUGACUGAUCAAUUGGUCCCAGAUGGUUACAGGGAUGACCUGAACGAUUUGUAGAGACUUUUUUUAUAUGACAGAUAAACAAAGAUAUUUACAGAGAGUCACGUUUUGCCUCCCUUGACUGUGAAUUGGACAGAGAUCUCAAACUUUCCAUCCGUGGUGUGUUCCUGAAGGGGAAAUAACUAACCUUGGGGUUCCAGUGUACCCAGUAAUCAUGGGUGGGGUGUCUUCUCGACAGCUGGAGUCUGCAGAGGAAGUUGGGGUGUCUGGACAGGGGAAGGUGUGCAGUUGACCCUCACCCCUUCCAAAACUCUUGUACACUAAGAGGGCAGAGGGGUGAGAACCUCUGGCCAUCUUAGUGGAAGUUGUUAGCAGGAUUAAGAGAAAACUCUGAUGAAAAUAAUCCUCGUGAGGGAGAGGAGAGAAUUCACAGUCCAUCCAGUGAGGUCAGACCUAAAACCAUUGACUGCUGAUCCAUUCUAUCACCUGGUAGAGGUAGUAGUUCAUGGGUUGAUUGCAUUGUGCCUUUUCUAGGAUUUGCCCUUUCUUUAAAGCUGGGGACCAGAAGUCCUUAUUAAUUCUGCGCUCUGAGAGACUUGGGGCAGGCUGUGAGGCUCUCUGCUGCAAUUAUGUGGGCUCUCCAAACUCCCUCCAGCCUAAAGCAAGUUGCCCAGGGUUGGUGAACCUGAAGGAAGAAGAGCUUGCAUUCUGUAGGUGCUCUGAACUUGGCGCUUUUAUCCUUACAAAACUGAAGGAUUCUUACCAGUGCUUUUGAGGAACAGAGGGAACUAUCUUGUGUGUCGUCAUCUCGAACUAUUACAGUAUGGCAUGCUGUUCCAGGAAGCUGAUGUGCAAACACUUGAUACUUGAUCACUUUUAAAGCCUCUUCGGUGUUUACAGAACAGAAUGCAGGGAGUUUGAGGCUCCAUUGCCUGAGAUAAGUGGACAUUAAACCCAUACUGUCCUCUGAUUAACUCACACCAUGCACAAAAGACUCUUGAGUUAGGCUGCACGCUCUAGGGGAGUGUGUCCACUUUGGCAUUUGCAGUCAACAUACAUUUGGAUGGCACAAGUCUCCUUCAGAAAUGAGUUGAUGCCUCUGUUGUGAGCAUUAGAGCUGGUCGAAGCUUUAGUCAACAAGUAUUCUACAACAGGGCAAAUCUACUUCAGUCCUAACUUGCCAAAAAUAAAGGUAGAUAAUACUUCUUGUGGUGACUAUUUGCAGAGACUUUGGGCUGGGUGAGUCUGUCGGUCAGGACAAACAUUCACCAUCGGGUGCUGUGCCUUCUAUCAGUUAGUAACUCCUGCCCAUUCCCAAUCCAACCAUGCACCAUAAUGCCCAAAACCCAUGAGUGGAAGGACUGACUCUUGGGCAGUUGCUGGUUCUUUUUGCAGAUUUUUUUGUACAGGAUAUUAUCUAUGACAAGUCGGUGUAAAUGUUAGUAACUUGUACACAACACAAACACUACAUUUGAAUUAUUGCGUGUAUGUACUGAUUGUAUAUUUGUCAAUUUCAAUUAAAAAAAUGUAUUUUUUG